GAGAAUUACAAGGCAGUUUUUAUGUAUAUUAUUGGUAUGAUAUUAUGCACAAAACAGUCGAGGAAAGCUGCUUUAACAAAUUUUAGUAAGAAAUAGUGACCAAAAGAGCCGAACUUUAUUAUUGUUAUCAUUAUUAUUACUAUCAUUAACUGUUAUUCGAACAGUUUGCAUAACAUGAAAAUAAACUUCGAAAACUGUCAUAUUUGAUGGGAAAAAUCAUUUAAUUUAACAUUGUACAGUGCAUUAUUUCAAAUGGACACUAUCUUGUUUUAAUGAAAACUUGCUCUCAAUAGCAUAACAAGAGCAACAACGACAAGCCCUAAAGGCAUUUCUUUAGUUAACUAUUACCAACCGAGUGGUAAAGAAGCGUUUAGACAACGCUGCCUGCCUUGGUAAAAGUGGAAUAACAAAUAUCUCAUAGACAAAGGAAUGCCUUAAAAAACACUGUUUUAAAAACCGUAAAACGUUUCUGUGCCCAUUAUCAUUUUUAGGAACCUAAGAAUAAGCCUGAAUUUCCACUCAACUCAGUGAAAGAAGAAAAAAAAGCUACAGACAGGGAGGAAUGAUGAAACGCAAGCUUAUUGAUCACUGCUGCCACUACCUCAAGUUGACUUUCGUGUACAUAAUUUGUGUUCAUAUGAUAAAAUGUGACAAAGUAUCAAAUUCAAAUGUUGAUCUGAACCGGAAUUCAGACAAAUCGGCGUCAAGUACAGUCAAUGCUACGCAGCAUAGUGGACAGAAUGGUAAUAAAGAUGUUCCUGUACACGGUGUCGGUUUACAAGCAGCAGCCGCGGCAGUUUCAGCGGCUGGAUUAGUCGGCGGUGGAGUUGGAUCAUCUGCAAAUAAUAUGCACUACGAAGUGAAAUCCGGAGAAGAACGUAAAACUUACAUUCGUCUGAGUCAAGCAAUGCGGAAUCUUACUCGUUCAGUCGGAGUGAAAGGAACAUUUUAUUGCGAUAUUCUCGGUGAACCGAUACCUCAAUUUCAGUGGUAUAAAAAUGGCGAAAAAUUGGUAGAAAAACAGAAUAAAAUAAAGAUAACUACUGCUCUGUGGGGAAGCGCUUUGCGUGUAGAGAAACUGCAAAGUUCCGACGCUGGUCAAUACCUCUGUGUUGCAACUAAUCCGUCGGGAACACUGAAUGCAACAGCCCAUCUACAGUUGACGAAUAAAAGCGCCAAGUCAAAUACAUUUGUUAAACCAGCCUUAACCGAAGAUCAGUACCUACUGAACCCGAUAACAGCUGAGUCAGACGGUUUCUGUCAAGAAUUUCACAGUAAUGUAUGCGGGAAGUAUCUUAUGGGUCAUCGUGUCUAUGUUACAAGAGAAUUCCAACAAGCACUUAUUGAAGCACAAAUAUCGAAGUUUCUUAAGCUUACUGCAACUCAGUCCUUACAUCAUGUAAGAGAAGAUUGUUUACGACGUCUAAUGGAGGCGAUCUGCUACUACAACUUUCCAGUAUGCUUAGAAACAAAACCGAUUUCUUAUGAAAAUGAACUGGCGUCUAGAGAGACACAACCAAUAAACGAUAAUGCCUAUCAGAUGCGUCAUCUAUGCCGACAAGAUUGUGAAUUGGUGAUGCAAAAUGAAUGUGGACCGACUUAUGAUUAUUUAGAUAGAAAAAUACUGCAUGAUUUACCAGGUAUGAUAAUGGACUGUUCACGUUUGCCAAUUUAUUCGUCAGAAAAUCCACAGACUUGCAGGCGUAUAGGAGAACCCUUGGUUAUAUCUGAUCAAGUCUCAGAAUACAGACAUGAUAAUGACAGAGAAUUCUGGGAAGAGAAUCACGUAGCUGCACCUUCACCUGACCAGUUAGUAGAGAAAAAAGAAGUAGGCACAAUAUCACCAGGUCAAGAUUUAAACGCUGCCCUGUCAACUGGUCCUGAUUUACUGCCGAUUUUUGUUUCGUUCGGAGCAUUGGCUUUACUCGGCCUCCUCCUUCUAGCUGUCUGCUUUCUCUGUCGGCAUAGUGCAAGUGAUUCUCCACGUUUAACAGCAGAUGGUUCAAGUUUCCUAGGCAGGUCACGUAUUAGCAGUAACUGUCGUGGCAAUCGUGACUGCUCAGAAUCUGAAAGACUCAAUGGAUUUCAUAUCAGAGGACAAGGAGUCGGAGCUCCUAAUGACUCAAAUCACAGCAGCAACAAACAAAGAAGGGUUCCUGGAAUGGGAGCUGGUGCAAAACUUGGCGCUACAAAUGGUCUUUUUAAUGGCAUGGUGCAUGAAGCUUUCACACCUGCCUACUGUGGUGGUGGUGGUGGUAAUGCUGUGUGCAAUACAAGUGAGGCGAAUGCUAUGAGUGCCCCGGCUACAGUUGGACAUAACAGUAUUUCCUCAAAUCCUCAAAGUACAACUGGUGUACAUAAUAAUGAUGUAUCUGUUUCUGUUGUCCAAUCGGCUAAUAAACACAAUACCGGUGCUACAUAUUUUCAGUAUCAGGCUUCAAACUUUUUAACUCCACAACUACCUCCACCAAGAGCUCCAGCUCCACCUCCUCCAGGAACACAAUCACAGACUGGUGCCACAAAUACAAAUACACCGACAUCUGUCCAUUUCAGUAUGACAGAAGCAUCGUUUAACAUGCAAUCUUUCAAUCAGUCAAUUCACAUGCCAUUAAAUGGUGAUAUAAUUCCAGAAUCAGGUGUACAUUAUGAGAUAAACGGUGAUGCUGAAAGUCCAACUGCUUACACAACACUCAGAAAUGCAAGUCCCAAUGAAUUUUUGAUAAACGACGCUGGUCAUUCAUCAGUUAACUCCUACAAUGCUUCACAAAAUGCAGCGCUAUUUUCUAAAGUUAAUUUAGACGAUCAGCCUAUGAAAGCCAUAGAAUAUCCUAUCUCUCAACUGAGAUUCGGAAAACAAUUCGGACAGGGAGUCUUUGGACCAGUCUACAAAGCUGAACUACUACCGAACAGUGCUUACGAGAAUGGUCAUCCGAUGUCAGUCAUUGUGAAAACUUUAUCAGCCGGUUCACCAGCUAGUCUGCAAGCGAAUUUUCGCAGAGAAGCGAAUUUAAUCGCUGAAUUAGAUCAUCCAAAUGUAUUGAGCCUUUUAGGCGUUAGUGUGCAACAUCCACCAUGGUGUAUGAUUUUUGAAAUUCGACAGUAUCUUGAUCUCUGUGAACUUUUAUCUUCAAGAAGAUCCAUGGUGAAUCAAAUCAAUGUGACAAGUGUCACUUAUCCAAACGGUGUAACCACUAAUCCUCCGCAUCCUUUAAGUGAAUCAGAAAUUUGGAGGGUAUUGUCACAAGUUGCCGCUGGAAUGGAUUACCUAUCUAGCCAUCGUUUCGUUCAUCGGGAUUUAGCUGCACGAAAUGUGAUCAUUUUAAAUGAUCAACUUUUCUGUAAAAUUACUGAUCUCGGUCUGGCACGUGAUUGUUAUGCAGCAGACUAUUAUCGUUUACAUCCUCACAGUUUAAUGUUACCGAUCCGUUGGAUGCCGCUUGAUUCAAUUAUUUACGGUAAAUUCACUAUUGAAUCCGAUAUCUGGGCAUUCGGUGUUCUGAUGUGGGAAGUUUGGUCCGGUGGUAUGCGACCGUAUUCUGCAUUCAAUGACCCAGAGGUAUUAGAUCUUAUACGCUCUAGACAAUUGUUAUCUUGUCCACAGCAUUGUUCAACCAAUGUCUAUAUGUUUAUGACUAGCUGUUGGAAUGAAGAAAUUGAAAGACGCCCAACAUUUAAAGACUGUUUAAAUCAAAUACAAAAUUGGUAUUCUGAUGCUCCAAUCAUACCAGCGAUGUAUUCCAAUGAACAAGUGUUCCCUUAUUCUCAGGUUAUGGAUAAUAAAAGUGAUUUUCAACAGAUGAAAAGUAGUAUUAACAGUAGUAAUAAUAACAGCAGUAAUAAUAAUAAUAAUAUUAAUAAUAAUAACAGUAAUAAUGGCACAGAAAGUCUGUCCGAAGCAUCAAAAUCCAAUCUGUCAACACGACAGAAUUGUCCGUGUGCAUUUAGUACAAACAACUAUCUAACAUGUCCUAAAGAACAUCUGAAUAAAGCGUGUACACCAGAUCCUUUCGAUAUAUUCCACCAACCGAUUAGUACUUCUGUUACUAACUAUCACCAGAAUUCCAGUCCAGAAAAUACAAUCAUGAAUACUAAGUUUAGCUUAAUGCAUCAACCAGUUAAUCAGGUAACAGGAACCGGUGUAGCAACGUUAACACCGAUGAUGACAGCAGCAUCAGCAGCAGCAGUAACAGCAACAGCAACAACAACGUCAACAACUGCUUUGCUGAACACGUCAACAGGAAGUCAAGAUCCAAGAAUAGAUCAUUGUAAAUCAUCAUCUAAUGGACUGGGUAUGCGUCUGUUGCCGAACACAACGACAAUGUUUAUUCCUACAGUCAAUUCUGUCAGUUAGGAUUCUUUUUUUUUCAAAGAAAAUGGCAAAAUAUUUAGAGGAUAUUUACAGAUCUUUCAAUUUAAUAGAAGUUUUUUUCGUUCUUUUUUUUUCAUUUCACUUCCGUGAAAUGUUUCAUCAUUUUGUACUGGAAAAACGUGUGUACAAAAAAAAUAAAAUAAAUCAUUACAACAGUUUUGAUAUUAUUUAUUUCAAAAUGAAAUACGGUAUUAUUAUUAUUAUAACUAUUAUAUUUAUGCGGUUUAUUUGAAUUUCGGAUCUGUAUUAGUUACCGUUGUUGUUGUUCUAGCAACACAAUGUACGAUGCUGAUGUUUUUGAGGGAAGGGAAGAAAUCUCUCUCUGUCGCUGUAAGUGUGUUUGUCUCUCGCUUACAAUUUCAUCUUUAUAACCUCUGUCCAUGUUUAAAGACAAUAUAAGCACAAAGACUACUGGCUGAUUUCUCCACUUUUCAAAUCACUUCCUUUGUAAAUAUAUCCAGUUUCAUAUUUUUUUUUCUAAAAAAAAACGCAGUCAGCUUUCGUUUUGAUGCGCAUUCACUUACCUACUGUUUAGUUGUACAAGAGAAUUUGUGUUCAUAUAAGAGCGAGCGAGCUAGCGAGCGAGCAGAAGAAGACGAGAUAUGAAUUGCGUCUACAAAUACCAGAUAAAGUAAUUUGUAGAAUGUGUAGUUGUUGUUGUUUUUUUCUCUCCGCAUUUCUUUUCUCCUGUUUGGGUAUUUAGCUCCUGAAGAGUUUGCGUAUCAUGUUCUUCCUUCCACUUUUAUUAUUAUUCUCAUUGAACAAUUAAAUUAAAAUUUCCAACAUUCAAUAUGAGAACAGAACAUUUUACAAAAUAAAUUCUUGUGGUU